AUGGACAAUUGUGGUGGUAGGGAAAGGCAGGCGGAGACGGAGGCAUAUCGCUAUGAUAUUCGGUGUUUUCCGUGGAACUAUGUAGUCUCAUCAAGCCACAGUCCGGCUCCUAAUCCAGCCUUGGACAAUAUUAUAGGCAUCGGCCUCGACGACCUCAAGAACACAAGAAUGGCCAGAAGCAAAGAACUCGUCCCCGGCGUUGGGCGUCUUUCCCGCUCCCAGGUAUUCGCCAAGCGCGCUCUCUACAAGGGCCAAAAAAAAUCGACCAAACCCGCUGCCGAAUCGCCCGCUGAGACCGUCGAGAAGGCCAUUGGUGGAGAGAAGAACGGCGGAAAGCGCCUUGUACCUACUACAAAAGCUCCUCGCUUCUACUCUGCUGAGGAUGUGCGCCAGCCCAAGAAAAGCCGCAAGUCCCCCAAGCCCCCCUCCCUCCGCUCUUCCAUCACCCCCGGAACCGUUCUUAUCCUGCUCGCUGGACGCUACAGAGGAAAGCGCGUUGUGUUCCUGAAGCAGUUGACCAGCGGGUUGCUGUUGGUCACUGGCCCUUACAAGAUCAACGGAGUGCCCCUGCGACGAGUUAACCAGGCAUAUGUCAUUGCCACCUCCACCAAAGUUGAUAUUUCGGGCCUCAAGGUCGAUGAGAAGUUCAACGACUCCUACUUUGCCAAACCUUCCACCAAGACUGCCAGCUCGGCCGAGGAGGAGUUCUUUGAGGACGGCAAGCCCAAGGCCAAACAGCCUAUUCCCGAGUCCAAGGCUGCCGAUCAAAAGGAGGUCGACAACGCACUCCUCGCUUCCAUCAAGAAGACUGAGAACCUUUCCAAAUAUCUCAAGGCCAGCUGGGGUCUGUCGAAGGGCCAAUUCCCUCACCAAUUGGUGUUCUGA